CAAUGUUCAAAUUGGCUACAAGCACUAAUAUGCGCGCAUAAAGCAGGCUCGUUCACGCUUGCGAGCGCCAGCCCCCGCGCGCGUAACACACACACACACACACACGCGCGGUGAAGGGGGAGUGUCAUUAUUGGCCCAGUGGUUCUACUGGCUCUGGUGGAAGGCUACUCGCUCUGAAAGGAGGGAUGCGAGGAGGAGAGGUCAGGCGGAAAAAGAGGAACCCGUUGGAUGUCCGUGGAUAGCAAAACCCCUCAGGCUCCCUUCCCUGACAGACUGAUAUGUCUUUGGACCAAUGGGGUGUUGAUAAUGCAGGCGCAGAGGUUGGCCAGGUGAGAUGUAAGACCCGCCCACUGUGUGUCCUACUUCACCUGCACAGGAACAGGAAUCUGUAGAAAAAAAAGACCCCAACAAUUCUUCUGAAACAAAUCAACAGAAGUGAUUUUAAGAAAAUGGCGGAAAAUCGAACAAAUGGGUACUGGUAGAAAAUGCCACUACAAACCACCUCACCCUUCCCCUUGAGAGAGGAUUGCAUCUCCUGCUGAUUUCUUGAUAUCUGGCGGAUUCUUUUCUUAGAUCUCAUGUAUUUGGUACAUUGCAAUCAACCCCAGGCAUCCUGCUGGCCCACCAACCUAUUAGACCAAGAGGACAUCCGGGUCUCCUGCUGACUCACCAACCCAUUAGACCAAGUAGACAUCCCGGUCUCCUGUUGACUCACCAACCUUAUUAGACCAAAGGUCAGAGGGCAACAUCAGAGUUAACUUAGGGUUACAACAUCCGGGCUUACGAGUCCCAGUAAGGGCUAUCUCUUCAAGAGAGUGGGAUUCCAAAUCACCUCUGAAACACAGAAUCCACAGCUCUGAUCCCUCCCUUCUCUGCGCCCGCUGAGAGGAGGUACCUGUCUGUCUCUUAAUUUUCCGGUCUCUGUCUGAGAGGAGGUACCCAUCUGUCUCUUCAUUUUCCUGUCUCUGUCUGAGAGGAGGUACCUGUCUGUCUCUUAAUUUUCCUGUCUCUGUCUGAGAGGACCCAAGAGCCAGAGUCCCGCCGUUUGGGUUUCUCCCUCCUCUUUCUCUGUCUGAGGAGAACCUGGUCUGUCCCUCGCUCCCUGCUAAGUAGGAGGAACUAUAGGAGGCACCAUGGGGUGUGGUGGCAGCAGGACUGAUGUUCUGGAGCCCAGGUACCUGGAGAGCUGGACCAAGGAAACAGAAUCUACCUGGCUGACCAGUACAGACACAGACAUCCCACUCUCCUCCAUACAGAGUAUGGAUAUCCCUUCUGAGAACUCAUCUGAAAGCUUCGUCUCUGAGAAAACCAUCACACCUGAUGCAGAUUUCUUUGAAGACGGCUUGCCUGCCCCAGCCCAGGCCUAUCUACAGGUGUGCUCUGACAUGUCUGAAGCAGGACUGAACAAUGUGAAGCUGAGUGCCCACCCUGCAAUACUGCCCUCCCACAACCAGGCGCUUCAGCCCUCACCUGUCACAGUACAGAGAAGAAGCGUCCUACGCACUGAGGAAAUAACUAAAUGGCAAGACAACAGGAUGUCCACGAAGCAGGUAACCAUCACAGUGACACAGAGCAUCAGACACGUGGACAAGAGUGGGAAAAUUAAGGAGAAGUCCCUCACCACCUUCGAGGUCAUGAAGCCUACGGAGGGCCUGAAGGACGUGGCUGAAGGACGUAGUAGGAACAUUAGGGAAUAACACCGAGGUCUGAGGGGGUAACGGGACAAAGCUAAUGACAGAGUGUGGUUUGGAAAAUCAAUGAUACCAAAAUGCUGUUUGAGGUUCAUGAAGAUGAAAAAAAAGAUAAUGAUUUGAUUAUAGAGAUAGAGGGUUUGAAUCCGUGGCACAAUUGGUCCGCUAUCUCUACCUGGGACCAGACCUGAUAAACGAGAUACCUCCACGGGCCUGACACCAAAUGUUGUCAGGAUGAGAGAGUUUGUGACUUUGUCUAACGAAGAUGAAUGCUUUUUAUAAGCUGGGCUUGGGACCAAGAUGUAAAACAAAAAAAAAAAGAAAAGAAAAAGCAUAAGUACAACUUUGACCUGGUAGGAACUGCACUGCACUGCACUGAACUGAACUGAACUGAACUGCACUGCACUGCACUGCACUGCACUGAACUGAACUGAACUGAACUGAACUGAACUGAACUGAACUGAACUGAACUGAACUGAACUGCACUGCACUGCACUGCACUGCACUGCACUGCACUGCACUGAACUGAACUGAACUGAACUGAACUGAACUGAACUGCACUGAACUGCACUGAACUGAACUGAACUGAACUGAACUGCACUGUAGCGGCUGAAUGAUCGGCCAUAUUGAAGACGUAUCAUAAUCUAAUGUUCCUAAAUAGGAAACAUGUCUUGAAGUAGCUCGUUUUGUAAUGUACUGUAUAUGUUUAGUAUUUAGCUACGGCCAACUCAUUGGACAGUGUUUGUUUGGUCUUUGAUGGAUGAAAAAAACAGUUUUUAGACUACGAUGUUUACAGGAAGGUAUGUCUUCUAAUGAAUAGGCACUUUUUGUGAACAAGACUUUAUGAACUAGCUAGUGACUUUACAAACUAAUGACUUUAUGUACUAGUGACUUUAUAAACUAGUGACUUUAUAAACUAGUGACUGAAUGGCUUGAUUAAGAGGUCAUGCCAUUAUAUAUCUAGUAUGAGCUCUACAUGAAGAGAGGUUGAUUCAAUCAGAAAGACAAUUUAGUUUCAAACGGAUUGACUUGUGAAGUGUGAUUAUUUAAAUCCUUCCUCUAGUGCAGGAAUGGGCCACCCCCACUUUUGAAGGCCCUCAGAUAAAUUCCCUCCCCCCAAAUUUAAAUAAUGAGUUCUGAUUUUUGGUGGCCCCACCCCCAAUCAAAGUUUCCCUUCCCUGAUCUAUUGAAUGCUUACAGUAGCAUCAGCAGAUUCUCAAUGAAAUUCUACGGAAGUUUUAGACGGAAACACUGUGUAGCAGACAGUGGUGAAAUACAAAUAUUUUCUCCCUCUUCAUAUAAUUUAUACAUACAUAUUUAUCUCAAAUUCUAAUUCAGUUGAAACACAAUGAAGUUGUUAUCAAUGGCUUAGGAUUUACUUUGUUUAAACAAUACACAAUGAAUCUGAUUGGUUAGAGAUAAGUUUAAACAAAACAAUUAUUUUGAUUGGUUAGAUAUAAGUUUAAACAAAACAAUGAAUCUGAAUGGUUAGAGAUACGUUUAAACAAAACAAUGAAUCUGAUUGGUUAGAGAUACGUUCAAACAAAACAAUGAAUCUGAUUGGUUAGAGAUACGUUUAAACAAAACAAUGAAUCUGAAUGGCAAAUAAGAAAAAAACGGUUAAAAGAUCAGACUUAUAUUGAUUGGUUGGAAUUGAUUGGUCGGAAUUGAUUGUUUGGAAUUGAUUGGUUGAAUGUUGGUGAGUGUACAACAAAAGGGUAAGCAGUAUUUCAAUGGUGUUUUACUAAUUUACAUAUUGCCUCAGUGUGAUUAUCUUGGUACCUAUUUGUACUUUUUUAACGUAACAGCUUGUAAGUACACUUUGUCAGGUCAUUUUGGCUUAACUCUUUGGUUCAAGUUUAUGAUAUGGACAGUAUACAAUACAUUAACAUAUAGGGACUUCUUUGUAGUUUUGUUUCCUUUUUUAAGUCACUUCCUAGAAUUCUUGAAAUGUUUGUACCAUCUGUAGAUACUUUUGGUUGGAAAACUGUCCACUGGUUGACUGUCCACUGGUUGACUGUCCACUGGAAGACUGUCCACUGGAAGACUGUCCACUGGAAGACUGUCCACUGGAAGACUGUCCACUGGAAGACUGUCCACUGGUUGACUGUCCACUGGUUGACUGUCCACUGGAAGACUGUCCACUGGUUGACUGUCCACUGGUUGACUGUCCACUGGAAGACUGUCCACUGGAAGACUGUCCACUGGUUGACUGUCCACUGGAAGACUGUCCACUGGAAGACUGUCCACUGGUUGACUGUCCACUGGAAGACUGUCCACUGGAAGACUGUCCACUGGAAGACUGUCCACUGGAAGACUGUCCACUGGUUGACUGUCCACUGGAAGACUGUCCACUGGAAGACUGUCCACUGGUUGACUGUCCACUGGAAGACUGUCCACUGGAAGACUGUCCACUGGAAGACUGUCCACUGGUUGACUGUCCACUGGUUGACUGUCCACUGGAUGACUGUCCACUGGUUGACUGUCCAACCUGUCCACUGGUUGACUGUCCACUGGUUGACUGUCCAACCUGUCCACUGGUUGCCUGUCCACUGGUUGAUUGUCCACUGGUUGACUGUCCACUGGUUGACUGUCCACUGGUUGCCUGUCCACUGGUUGAUUGUCCACUGGUUGACUGUCCACUGGUUGACUGUCCACUGGUUGACUGUCCAUUGGUUGAUUGUCUGCUGGUUGCCUGUCCACUGGUUGACUGUCCACUGGUUGACUGUCCAACCUGUCCACUGGUUGACUGUCCAACCUGUCCACUGGUUGACUGUCUACUGUGUAUAAUGUUGAACUACAUUCCGGCGCAUAAACAUUUUGACAUCA